CCUGCGGAAGAAGAGGAGACGUUUCUAGAAGGAGCAGAAGAAGAAGAAGAAAAGCGACAGCUCUGAUCAUCGCAGAGUCCCUGGCCGGCCGAGACCAUGUCACAGAUGCCGUCACGGUCAACUGAAGCGAUCGGGCAGGCCACCGAGCGUGAAGGAGGAGUGGUUCAGCAGGAUGAAUGUCCGGACGUGUGGAGGCCACCAAGUCCAGGCGGUCCCCGGAGAGUACGCCGCUCUGCAGGCAGCGUUGAAUUGGCGAGUCGGAAGACAGCGUCAGGCCAAUCGUUUCUGAAUGACGAGGUCUUGCAACGACUGCGUACCCUGGCGACGGAAGGCGCGCGCGGUCACAGCCCCAGGACGGAGCGGCUCCUGCGCCGUGCGGUCCGCCUCGAGACUGUCGUCCUGUGCGCUGUGCUCGGAGCCGCUGCGCUGCUGGCCUCGCUGGCGGUGUACUUCGUGUUCCGAGGAACCGCGGCAUCCGGAGAGCUGGCACGCGCCGCCUGGUGCCAGAGCGCGGCAUGCGACUUGCUGGCGAGAUCUGUGCUGAGCCAACUGAACCGGAGCGUCGACCCCUGCCGCGACAUCCAGGCGCACGUCUGCAGUCGCUUGAAGUGGGACAGCGACCUGACCACGGACACUGACACCGACAUGAUGCGCCAGUGGCACAGGCGCGGCGCCACCUUCCUCGAGACCAAAACAACACCCGAAGCGGCGUUUUCCCUUUACCGUGCCUGCAUGAACCCGGACAAAAACGACGUCGCCCAUCUGGCGGCGUUUAUGCGGGAACGAGGCCUCCUGUGGCCCGAGUACGGCUCUUCUGGUCGUCAUGCGCUCUACGUGGUCCUCGACCUGCUAAUCAACUGGGGCGUACCCUUCUGGUUCGAAAUGAGCCUACGCCGGCUGCCCAACGAGUCGAGGUACAGCCUGUACAUCAACUACGUCAGGACGAUGGACACGUGGCAGCGGCGAAAGCAAGUGUCGGCCGACGCGGGAUUCUUGAAGAGCUACGUCAGCGGCCUGUACAGCGUGUUCGGGGCCUCCGAGGCUGCGCGUUCCCGCAUCCCGACGCUGCUGCGACAGGAGGCCGUCAUUCACGACAUCAUCACGUUGCCCGAAGCGCGGGGCCAGGCGCGCGGAGCCGGCUUGUUUGUGAUGGCGAUUCCGCUGUCCUUGGUCUCGCACUUCGUGCCGCACAUCAGCGCCGACAUGUGGCUCUCGUAUCUGAACGAGCACUUGAGUCCGCAUCGUCUACAGCCUGACGACAAGAUGCUGGUGGACGACGUCGGCCUGGCGCGCUGUAUGAGCGCGCUCUUCAGUAACUUCAGCAACGACGACCUGCUCUACACGUUAGGCUGGUGGUUCGCGCAGAAAUACACGGUAGUGACGUCGAUGGACGGCGGCAUCGCUUCGUACGGAAGCGCAACCGUGGCGCAGACAAACCGGCCGAUCGACUGCUACGCGGUCACCGAGAGCCGAUUCCGGAGGCAGCUGUUCCACGCGAGGGCGCAGGCGUCGCUGGGCAGCGCUGGGCUGGACCGGGCGGCUGAACUACUCGCAAACAUACGAAACACCACCAUCGCCAUGAUCAGGUUGCUGCCCUGGCUUGACGAGGAAGCGCGCAACGAAGCAGCUCUCAUAGUGCGAGCCACAGAGUUCGAGCCAUGGACGUCCGAGUUUGGCAUCAGCACCGCAGGCUGGCCGUCGCUGCCACCCACUAGCCAAAAACGGCAUGGUGAAGACCGCGCGAUUCCACAAGAACCUGCUCGUCUUUUCGCAACUGCGCCCGGGAAGACGCAUCUUUCCGAGCCUCAGAG